AUGGGCGUAGAGAAGAACCCCCCUCACGUGGCGCUCAAACUGAGUGACGUUUUUGCCGCAGAAAAGAAAUCCCCCCAAGAGAACCCUCAGAAGCACCAACAUAGGAACCAACCAAGCAAUGAGGAAUCCGCAGAAAAGUCCAAAAACAUACUGAACAAGUACAGAGUGACGAAAUUGAACAAUGGAGAGAUUAAAAAUAUUUAUGUAAAGAAUGAAUUCUUCAAGGGUUCAUCAAGGUUUAGAGUGAAUGGACUAAAGCAAGAAAAUUUAGUUGUAAGGAGUGCCCCCAAAGGAGGCGAUGACUCCACGAAUGGAGACCCAGCAAAGGAUGGGAAUGAAGAAGAUGCCCAGGAACAAAUUGACGACUCGGUUAAAUUUGAUAGAAGAAAAAUUCACAAACAGAGCAACCUUCUUAUGUCAAAUGGGACCAUCGGACUAAUUGUGCACAACGGAAUAAUGUGCUUAUCCAUGAAAGGGCAACAAUGUUUCGUCAUCACAAGUGCCAAAAAUGCAUUUUAUGUCCUGGACCCACAUAAACUUAGGAAGGCAUAUACAUCCGAGCACUACCCAGAGGAUAUACAAAAUCUGUAUUGUGCUAAUGGGUACGUCUACGUGAUUUUCCGAAAAAAGGUUUACAAGGUCAAUGAGUCAGGUGGGAAAAAAAUCUUCUCCUUGGAGGAUGAUUUGCAUAAUAUUGUGAAUAUCUUGACUGUAUAUGAUUACCUGCUAACGUAUAGCAAGAAGGAGAUAGUCAUAUGGAACGACGUGCACAAGGAGGGGUGCGAUAGCGAUGGUUUCGUUAGUGACUCCUGCAGUGAGGUGGGUCAGGGGGAUGAGUGGGGGGAAGAGAACCCUGAUCAGGAGAAAUCAGCCAAGGAGGGACAAGACUCAUUUAUUGAAGAGAAAGCAGCCAUGGAGGUGCAAGACGCCCCCCUCACAGGAGACACAACCUUGAGUGAUUCCCCAAACGUAAGGAAGCACCUAUUCAAAAGGAUCCUCCUAUUUGACGACAACUCCGAUGUGGAAAUACGCUCCGUGAUCCAUCCCCCAGGGUACAUAAACAAAGUGAUCAUACUAACAAGUGAAAAUAAAAUAUAUCUGUACAACAUAAAUAAGGAGAAAAUCAUCCACCAAUAUAGCUCUUUCCAGAGCGUCAAUUUAAAAAGCGAAAAAAACGUAAAAUUUAUGACUCUCACAACGAAGAAGGAUGAACUGUGCAUUGUAACAUCAACGAAUGAACUUUACAUAAUACACACGGAGAGGGACGAAUUGGUGUACUCAAAAAAUGUACAUAUGUAUGAAGACAAAAUUACCUGUGUGCAAUUUUACAAUUACACGCUUAAUGGUGAAAGCGUAUCCAUCAUUUUGGUAGGUACUGAAUUAGGAAAAAUUAUUAUGAUCGACUCAAACAGCAGUAACUAUUUCAUUUUGAGAGAUGCUCACGAUUGUGUGAAGGCCAUAUUGAUACCUCCUCAAGGGGGAUACAUUUUCACGGUGGGACAAAGAGACAACAAAAUAAAUCUAUUCAAUUUGCAUAAGGCUACAUUCACCCUGAAUAUCAUGAAGAAAAGAAACAGUUGCGUUGGAUUCAUCAAUAAUAUAAAAUAUCUAGAUGAUGAAAAAUUUAAAAUAGUUGUUUCUGCAAAUGAGCAAAAUAAACGGGAAGGAAAUCUCUAUAUCAUAAAUCCACAUUGCCCUGAACAGAAUAAAGACUUUUCAUGGAACAAAAAAAUUAACCUCAUAGAUAGGACCAUUAUCGACUUUGAUAUUAAUCCUAAUAGGCACUACGAUUGGAAUAAUAUCCUUGUGUGUGUGAGGGAUUCUCAGCGUGUUUACCUAGCCUCCUCCUAUAAGAAGACCAUAGACAACGUUUUUUUGGCCCUUCCCGGCGAUGUCAUUAGUGGGGAUUCUAAAAAGCACAUACAGAGUAGGGGUAAGGGGGGUGCAAAAAAAACAGGGCAAGGAGUAGAAUUACAGGGGGAUGACCCCAACGGAGUGAGGGAGGGACUCUUCGGCUGGAUACAUAACCUGUCGAAUCACACACAAGAAGGUCCCAGCGAAUCCAAAGGGGAGGAAUACAAAAUUUUUGAAGACUACAAUCAACAAGGCGACCUUGAACAGGAUGAAGGAAAAAUGGGAAGGAGAAGAAAAAGUGCAACGAGCGUUUUGAUAUCUACGUGUGGACACAUUGGCAUCGUGGGCUACAACGACGGGGAAAUUCAUUCCUUCAACAUGCAAUCCGCAACUUACAGAAAUGAAUACAAGGUGAAUAAGUACUCCUUCAAAUCAAAGGCACAUCUAAAUGGAGAUAUUUUAAAACUGUACCGAUAUGGCAUAAGUAAUUUUGUGUCCGCUUCAAACAGCAAGGAAGACCUUUACCUUAGGGUGUGGAAUAUAUACACCAGUGAGUUAAUAUACUCCUACUGUAUUAGAAAGGAGUACCUAAAUAGUGGUCAUUUUAAAAGUAAUCAGAAAAAUGAUGAAGUUACCAUCGGUUCCUUCUACCAUUUUAAUAUCCUCACUGUGGUGUGCCUUUCAAAUAACCACACUGUCAUCCUAGACAUUGAACAGAAAUCUAUAACCAGAAGGUUUGACUUUGCAUAUGCAGUUACCAAUGCUACUUUCAGUGCAGACAACAGAUUAAUUCUAUUCGCUCUGAAGAAUAAAACUAUACUAGUGUACGAAAUUAUAUCUAACACUUUUAUCGACUACUUAUUAUUCAAAAGUGACAUCACCUCCAUGGUGUACAAUGACGUUUAUUUGUACACUGCACACAGCGCUGUGGAAAAUUAUCUUUACUCCUUUACUAAUAAAAAUUUGUUUAACAACAACAACUACGUCGUUAAUGAUUAUCGAUCCUUUGGUGCCUUCCUGAUGGAGGAAUUGUAUGACGGGGAAAGCACCAUCAAUUAUCCAGAACCAACUGUGGGAGAACUCAUUGGGAUGGAUUGCGACGUGGAUGAUGAAUAUCUGAAUGGCAACACCACUGGAGUAGGCGACUCCUCUAGUAACACCCACCCAAUGACCAACCAUAAGGGAACGCUAAAAUCGGCGCACUUAAUCGAACCGUACAAAUCCAGCGAAAAACAAAUCAACAAAAAUUUACUCACCAUGUCGGGGGUUAGCAUGUCGAAAAUUGCCUAUAUUAUCUUCUUAGAUAAGAUAAAAGAAAACUGCAGGAUACAAGAGAGCGUAAAAAAAAAUGAAGAAAUCCCCUUUUUCCUCAGUGCCCAGAUGGAUAAAAAUAUAGAGUAUGCAGAUGGGAAGGAAUUGGAGUUUUUGCAAAAUAUCACCAAAGGGAUGACCGACGCGGAGGAGGAGGAGGCUGCGGAGCGGGACGAAGUGGUUGCCGAUACGAUUAACGAAGCGGUUGCCAAUACAAUUGACGAAGUGGCUGCCAAUACAAUUGACGAAGCGGUUGCCAAUACAAUUGACGAAGUGGUUGAGCAAGUGGGAAACAAGGAAGAUAACCAGGUGGACAUCCCUGGAGAUGGUCACGCGAAUCCCACAGAGAAACCUCGCAAAACGAAAAACAACAAGAACAGACACAUCACCAAGGUGGAUAAAAUUGAAAUGCCCAUGUCUAAGCUGCAGGAAAUGCUUGCCCAAGACGAGGACUCAUACAUCAACGUCUUGAAGUACUUGAUGGGACUCUCCCCAUCCGGGGUGCACUUCAACAUCCUCUGCUUAAGCUCCAAGGAAGAGUUGGAAAACAUGAUGAACUUCUUCAUUUAUCAUGUCAAGACGAACGACAACAUCGACCUGAUUCAAGCAUAUAUAUUAAUAUUUUUAAAAGCACACGGCAAAAAGCUGCUGAAAAUGAAAGACAAAAAACUUAGGAACACGACAGAAGUGCUGCUGCAAGAAAUACAAUCGAGUUGGUCGAAUAUAAAUUUCUUAUUUGAAAGUGUUAUUUUUUUUAUCAAGUUUUUAACAAAUAUACAGCUGGAGUGA